GGUUGGUUGAAGACCACUUUAGAGAAAACGUACGUAGUAGUGUUCUAUAUGUUCUCCCACAAUACCUUCUUCUCUCUUCUUCCAUUUCAAUUUCAACCUCUUCAAAAUCAAAUAUAUAAUUCACUCACAUCACACUUUAAUCCCCAAAUCCCACAAUCACUUUUUUCACUUCUCACCAAUGAAAUUCACCACAUUAAUCACAUUAUGUAUCCUCCUUCACUUCUCCAAACACACCUUAAGCACCAUCACCACCACCACCCUUGAACAAAACUUCAAAGAAGCACCAAAAUUCUACAACUCCCCAACCUGCACAACAAUUACAAACCACACAUGCUCAAUCGAAGCCGUACACGUGGCAAUGACACUUGACGUGUCAUACAUCCGUGGCUCCAUGGCAGCAAUCCUCUCCAUACUCCAACACUCCUCAUGUCCAGAAAACAUUAUUUUCCAUUUCAUUACUUCCUCUUCAAAACCUUCAACCGUUCUCAACAGAAUUAUAACUAACUCUUUUCCUUAUCUAAAAUACCAAAUAUACCCUUUCAACGACGCACCCGUCGCCGGAUUAAUCUCCACCUCCAUUCGCUCCGCCCUUGAUUGUCCGCUCAACUACGUCCGCACCUACCUCGCCGACAUCCUUCCCGUCUGUAUCUCUAAAGUUGUUUAUCUUGACUCCGAUUUGAUCGUCGUCGACGACAUUGCAAAACUCGCCGCUACUCCUCUCCGUUCAAACACUGUCCUCGCCGCGCCGGAAUAUUGUAAUGCGAAUUUCAGUAUUUACUUUACUCCUUCGUUUUGGUCGAAUCCUUCUCUUUCACUUACGUUCGCGAAUCGUGAGGCUUGUUACUUUAAUACUGGAGUUAUGGUUAUUGAUCUUCAACGGUGGCGUUCCGGUGAGUAUACGACGAUGAUUCGGGAGUGGAUGGAGUUGCAGAAGAGAAUGAGGAUCUAUGAAUUGGGAUCAUUGCCGCCGUUUUUGUUGGUUUUUGCUGGGAGGAUUACGCCGGUGGAUCAUCGGUGGAAUCAGCAUGGGCUUGGUGGUGAUAAUUUUCGUGGGCUUUGUAGGGAUUUGCAUCCGGGCCCGGUGAGUUUGUUGCAUUGGAGUGGAAAGGGAAAACCGUGGGCCAGGCUUGAUGGGAAUCGGGCUUGUCCUUUGGAUGCUUUGUGGGCUCCAUAUGAUCUUCUCAAGACUCAUUUUGCUAUUGAGGUGUAGAUGAUGUCAAAAUUCGGAUAUAUAUAUAUUUUUUUUAUAAUUCAUUAAGUAAUAAAUCUAAAUAUAUACUUACAUUUAGUUUGAUAUAAUUUGAAUUUGAUACAUUGUACAUGGUAUAUAUAACUUACCAUUUUGUUAUUGAGGUGAAUGAUUUACACUACAUAUACUACUACUAACAAUGAUUCAAAUAAGUUGAGUAUUCUUAAAAAGUGUUUGUGUAGAUUGUGAAUCCAUUAUAUUUUGUUUUGUUUAUGUUGUAACUUGUAGUUUUGUGUAGUAUAUUAUUAUUAA